AUGUUAAAUAUAUGUUUGGCUUUGCUCCCUACAUCUAACACUCCUUCAACAAGAAACUUGCUUGGUGAGCACACCGAGAAUGCCCUGAAAUCUUGGCUCCAGAAACAGGGGCGUGACAUUCUUCCAGAAUCCCUCCUGAUCACAGCAUCCGUAUUGUUUGGAUGGGUCGACCCCCUUGAUCUUAUCGCCGUCCUUCAUAUAAGCCUCAAAAUGGCCACAGUGGAGAGACAGCUCCAGCAAGAAGAGUACACUGACAUCACAUUCCUUGUGCAAGGAGGGUGUUGCUUGAUGGAGGAGAGGAGGUAUCAAGCUCAAAUGGAGCUUUCGUUAUUCAGUAAAGCUAUUGAGAAUGUGUAUGAAGAGCUGAACACCCAAUAUCACCCAUGUAAGGCAUGCUCUCAUGAGAUGAUUGUUGACACUGAUUUUUCCCCUAGCUACAUGGCAAAGGACAAUGCUGAGAGAGAACCCUGUCGUGCAUUCAAUUUUGUUCCCUCUCAACCAUCAAAAGCUACUCGAGAGAAAUGUGAGGCAUGGCUUUCCAUGUCAUGGCAGUUUCAAGCUGGUUUCCCGCGAACUCAAGAAAUUCCUCAGUUUCACCAACACAUAUCAAAGCCCAACAAUUCAUUUCUUCCCUUGCCUUGCUUGAUAAAACCUUGGGUUAGUAGUGUCACAUAUGGUGACUAUAUCACCGCAUCUUGUGCAGUCACGAAGCCCAUCCGCCUCGACAACCCCAACGGCUUCAAAACAAAGGGGGACAAACUGCUGGAUGUGCUCAAGUCAGAUUUUCACAUUCUGCAGCUGAUGAAACGACGAGCACAGUCCGAAGUAGACAUGUUCUCUGAAGCCAUUGCAUGCACUGCUGGGAUUGGGUGUACUAAUGAUGGCACAUGCACAUCUUCUGGAAGUGCAAUGACUUAUGAAUCACGCCUACCUAGCAACUUUUCUGAUAAUCAGUCUGAUGAUUGGUUUGACGAUUGGUUCAAUGGCUCUAUAUCUUCCAAUGCUUCCGUGCUCAUGUGA